CGGAAGUUAGCCAGUUGCGCUAACACUGAGAGCCAAUAACCGAGGGCCCGCGUGCCUCCGUUCCCAUUGGCAACCCGCGGCUUCCAAACAACCUACCUUCCUCAGGCCCCAGGUGGCGGCCCCCCUGUUUUCUGUGGGAUCCCGCCACCGCCAUGGCAGAGUUGGGCCUAAAUGAACACCAUCAAAAUGAGGUCAUUAAUUACAUGCGUUUUGCUCGUUCAAAAAGAGGCUUGAGACUUAAAACAGUAGAUUCCUGCUUUCAAGACCUCAAGGAGAGCAGGCUGGUGGAGGAGACUUUCACCGUGGAUGAGGUUUCAGAAGUUCUAAAUGGGCUGCAGGCUGUGGUCCACAGUGAGGUGGAAUCAGAGCUCAUCAAUACAGCCUACACCAAUGUCUUGCUCCUGCGGCAGCUCUUCUCCCAAGCUGAGAAGUGGUACCUAAAACUACAGACGGACAUCUCUGAACUUGAAAACAGAGAAUUAUUAGAACAAGUUGCUGAAUUUGAAAAGGCAGAAUUUACAUCUUCAAAUAAAAAGCCCAUCAUCGAUAUCACAAAGCCGAAACUUGUUCCAAUUAAUGAAGGAGGAACAACUGAGCUGCUAAACAAGGAAAUUUUAAGACUUCAACAAGAGAAUGAGAAAUUAAAAUCAAGGCUGAAGACCAUUGAAAUACAGGCCACACAUGCUCUGGAUGAGAAGUCAAAAUUGGAAAGAGAACUUCAAGACUUACAGCUUGAUCAAGGAAAUCAACAGGAUUUUAUAAAGGCCCAAGACUUGGAUGACUUGGAAAACACAGUCGCAGCUCUUCGGAGUGAAUUUCAGAAGACACUUAAUGACAAGACAGAAAACCAAAAGUCUUUGGAGGAGAACCUAGCAGCAGCCAAACAUGAGCUCCUCAGAGUACAGGAGCAGCUGAGCAUGGCCGAAAAGGAGUUAGAGAAGAAAUUUCAACAAACAGCAGCUUAUCGAAAUAUGAAAGAGAUUCUCACCAAAAAGAAUGACCAAAUCAAAGACCUACGAAAAAGACUGGCAAAAUACGAAUCCGAAGAUUAAAAACUGAAGGUUUUUUUCUAGAACCUGCCGCUCAUGAACAUACAAGUUAUCGCCAUCGACCUCAGGCAUGUAUUUUGAAGCAUUUUGUCAUAUUCUCUCCUUUUUCUAAUGUUUAGGCUUUGCUUGUAAUAUUAGAGCUAGCAUUCUUAUUCUCAAUUCUAUAAUUGAGAAGAGGAAAAAAAUGUAAUUAUUUUUUUCUGUUGUCUCAAACACCUCUCUGUCAAGUGCUUCAGAGUGUACAUGCAAAUGCAAUGAGAUUUCUUCAUGGUAGAAGAGAGUUUAGAAUGGAAAGAAGAGCCAUCCUUUUGCAUUAGUGAGGGAACCUUUUAUUGUUAGAGAAUUUGACAACAUCUAUACUUGUAUAGUCCGUAAAUGUAAAGAUAAAUAGUAAAGUUAUUAACAUUUAUAAAUAAACCUUUUAUUUUUAAUAAUGAAAUCUUAAUUUACUCUGUCUAAUUAUCAGAAUGUAUAAGCUUAUGGAAAAUGUUACUUUCUCCUCUGGUUAACAUUUUUAAUCAAUAAGGGCAGCAAGCUGCAGUGAGUGUGAGGACUUGGCUAACCUUUGCACUUCUCCAUCAUGAGAGCUGCUUAGUAAAGGAGAUACAGACAUUUUUUUUUCCAUUUCUCCAUCAUAAACCCUGCUUAGUAAAGGAGAUACAGACAUUUCUUUGCAUCCUGAUUUAUCAUGGGUCUGUCUUAUGGAUGGAGAAGUCAGAUUCAUCCUAUUCUUUCACAAUUUAGAAAGCAGAUGGACUCAGAGUAUGUGUAAUCUUUACAAUAUUUGCAGAAUAUCCUUUUAGCUUUUAUGUAAAUUAGAAUUUUUUCAAACUUUGACAACAUAAAGUCAGUGACUGGAUUCCAGGUUGUACUUUGGGUUUUGGUUUGUAUGUGUGUAGAGAAAUGGCGUUUUCAGGAGAUUGUAGUGUUCUCUUGGGCGCUUUUCCUUGAGUGAUGGCAUAUAAAGUGUUAGAGACAGGACAUCACUCCUCCAAUGUGUGCAGCGAAGAAUAUGUGAAGCUCACAAGGCCUUUAAACCUCAGAAAGAAAGCAUUUACCUCCACGUUAACAUGGAGGAAGUUUUCCUGUUUCUCAAAGCAAACAUGUUGCAUCCUAUGUGAACAAGCUAAUAGAGAUUCUUCUACCUCCAUAAAUAGGGUAACUUAUUCCCAGAAAAAAGUACACUGAUCAGAGUGUACAAUCUUUGUUAUUUUCAUUCAGAGGUUUAGUAUUAGCUUUGAAUGUCCUGUGAGGCUUUUAUAGGCUGUGUUAAAAUACUAAAGGAACAAAUGAUAGUGAGGUAAGUUCUCCCUAAGAAAAGCAGGGUGGCAACAUAGGGUGAUGGAUGAAUCCAAAAAAGAAGAGGAAAAAAGAUACAGUAACAAGCCAACAUUUCCUACACAUUUUUUUCUUGCCCAUUUAUUUGUAUGAGUUUCAUGUAGGGCUUUCAUUGAGGACUCUAGUUCCACCCUGUGUUUCUGUAGCCCCGCAUAAUUCCCUCUCUAAAAGUCCAUUCCAUCACUUGUGGACCAGGAUGUUAUGUAUAAGUCAGAAACCAGAACUUCUAACUAAAUGGAAAAUGUGUCUUUCAAAAACCAUUUGGUUGUAUUCUCCCUGCACCUUUCUCGGCUUAAUUCUAGCAUCAUACAUUGCUGGGUAGAAUUUUUAUUUGUCUUGUUAGUAGUGGCUUUGAAAUAUUCUGUGUAGUGUAUUCUAGUUGUUAAAUAAUAAAUUCAAAGGUAUUUCUGAAACCUUAAAAACUAUUAAGCAGUAGGAUAAGAAAUAAGUUGCAUAAUCAGUAUGCCACCUCUUUCGCUCACACCAGUCAUUACUUCUAUUCUGCUCUGUUUUGGUUUUAAACUCAUACUACAGCAAAAUGCAGUUUCAAAUGUUUCCUUCACUUGGUUUCCCAGUUUUAAGAUUUACCUCAAUUAACUGAACAGAAGUGUUUAGUCUAUACAUGUUGGCUCUUUUAGGAAACAAGUUCAAGCUUUGCGUGAACUGUUAGUGUACUGGUAACUGUGGACAGUCUGCUGGUGAACCAUCUUAAGUGCUCUUGACCAGGGCACAGCACUUAAUCAGUUGUGCAUGAGACCCGGGACCAAUCACCAUGCUAUAACACAAAACCAAAACCAAAUGAAAUGCAGCUUUGGUUUAACCUUAAAUAUCAAGCCUUCAGAAUUAUGAUUGAGACAUUAUGUUCACAAAAAUGAAAUGUAAAGGGUUUUGUCAUUAAUAAUUUCAAUCUGACAGUUAAAUGGUUAUUUGUUCUCAUCUUACAUUUGUAUCUGUGUUAAUAAAUAUUUAAUCAUUUGCUUA